GGGGCGGGCCGGGGCGGAGCCUGCGGGCCGGGAGCGCCGGGCGGGCCGAGGCGCGGGCGCUCCGCGGGGCACCGGGUCGCGCGCGGCCAGUGGCGGAGGCGCCGCCGAGCUCUCGCUGCUGCUGGAAGCACCAUGGCCGCAAACAGGACCCCCCCCAAGUCCCCUGGGGAGCCCGCCAAGGACAGGGCGGCCAAGAGGCUGUCGCUGGAGUCCGAGGGUGCUGGCGAGGGGGCGGCUGCUGCGGAGCUGAGCGCCCUGGAGGAGGCUUUCCGGAGGUUCGCGGUGCACGGAGACACCAGGGCCAGCGGCCGGGAGAUGCACGGGAAGAACUGGUCCAAACUGUGCCGAGACUGCCAGGUCAUCGACGGCAAGAACGUCACUGUCACUGACGUGGACAUCGUCUUCAGCAAGAUCAAGGGCAAAGGCUGCCGGACCAUCACCUUCGAGCAGUUCAAGGAGGCGCUGGAGGAGCUCUCCAAGAAGAGGUUCAAAGACAAGAGCGGCGAGGACGCCGUGCGCGAGGUGCACAGGCUGGUGGAGGGCAAGUCCCCCAUCAUCUCGGGCGUGACGAAAGCCGUCUCCUCGCCCACCGUGUCAAGGCUCACGGACACCUCCAGGUUCACCGGGUCCCACAAGGAGCGCUUCGACCCGUCGGGCCGGGGCAAGGGCAAGGCAGGCCGUGUGGACCUGGUGGACGAUUCGGGCUACGUGCCCGGCUACAAGCACGCGGGCACCUACGACCAGAAGGUGCAGGGGGGCAAGUAGCCUCGGGGCCCUCUGGCCGGGUCCUGCCCUCACACUUCUACAUUCCUGCACUCACCUGGGCUGACUCGGACCUCAGGGACCUCAGGGACAGGGCAGGGGGCUGGAGGGGGUCCGGGCCUCUCCCCACCCUGGGUCCCACCACACUUCUCUCCGACCCCAGGUGUGCCCCCAGUCCCACUCACCUCUCUAACAUGCCCACUGCCUCCCAGUCUGGAAGUGAGGGGUGCGGGGCUCCAGCCCCACCCCAGCCCACCUGGCUCACAUUGGGAUGGGACUGCAGGCAGGGGACAGUGCCCGAGUUCAGAGUCACUGUUGUAUUAACACACUAACAAGGCAUCAGUGCACCAGGGCAGCCCCAAGCCCAGUACAGCAUCUGCCCCGUGUGGGCAAGGGGCAAUGAGCACAGGAACUCACACACAUGCUUCCAUAUACACACAUGCACUUGCACAUACAGGCUCACACAUGCUUCUGGACUUAUACAUAUGGGUAUACAGACACACCCAUGACAUGCAUAGACCCACACCCAUGAACACACACAUGGACACGCAGACCCACACCCAUGAACACACACAUGGACACGCACAGACCCACGCCUGUGAACACACACAUUCAUGGACACACACAGACCCACGCCCAUAAACACACACAUGGACACACAGACCCACGCCCAUGAACACACACAUGGACACGCAGACCCACGCCCAGAAACACACACAUGGACACGUACAGACCCACGCCCAUGAACACACACAUUCAUGGACACACACAGACCCAUGCCUGUCAACACACACAUUCAUGGACAUACACAGACCCACGCCCAUGAACACACACACAGGGACAUGCAUAGACCCAUGCCCAUGAACAUAUACAUGCACAGGCUCACAAGCACACGUUUAUGCACACACCUACUCUUGUGUGCAUCUGUUCACACAUGUUCAUGGCUUGUCGAGAAAGGGGGGCUGCAGCCACGCAGGAGAGUGACCAGCAGAAUGAGGUCAGAAGGCAUGAGGAAAGGGUGUGGACAGUCAGUCUGUAGAUUUUCUAAGCAGAAGCCAGAAACAGUGCAUGCAUGUCCCUGGGAUGUGCCUCUGCUGUCCCUGCUGGGCCCCUGCUCCGGGCUUCCUGGAGGGGGUGUCCCAGCCCAGGGGCCCACAGCACAGACAGGGAGACCUCGAGAGAGCGUGCCCUGCCUCGGGGCCUCAGCCCAGCAGCCAACCGGCCAUCAGUGCUGGCACCAGCCUUGCGGAGCCCUAGAGAUGGACACGUUCAGGACUCACUGCUCUCUCCAGACAAAGCUGCCUGUCCAGGUGCCCUCAGUGGGAACUGAGAUCCGAGCGCCAACCCUCUCUGGGCUGAGCGCUGGCACAUGCCAGAAGCCAGGCUGUGGGCCUCACCCUGACCCCACCCCUGCCUUCUCCCAGGUCCCCGUGGGCCAGCUGCUCUUGUCCAUGCCCAACACCUGUCUCUGCCCAUCACAGUCAAAGCUGGGUAACUGGACGCUGUGGCGGCCUCACUGCCCUGCACAGAGCAUGUGCUUGUUCCCGCCCGCCCCCCGCCCCUGGCUGCCUUGGACGAGGGCACACCACAGCAUGCUGUACCCACUCGCUUCCGCCCACCUGGACCACACCCUGCUCAUCUACUGUGACCAGCAGACUGCACAGCCAGCCCCCGAGGCCUGGCACUGAGGCGGGUGGGGGGCAGCGGGCCCACGUCUGCUUCUUUCUACUCACUGCCAGAGGAUGAGAGCUGGCUUCCCCGCAGGCUGGAGCAGGGCCGGGUUACACUUCCAGCCUGCGGGGAGGCCAGCGACGGCCUGUGGAUAUUCCCCAGUGGUGGCCACGGCUCUGGCAAGCCUCACGCCCUCAAGGACUCACGCAGGGCCUGCACUGGCUGGGGCCUUCCCUCCUGGCCAGUGUGUCCAGGGAGCACCCAGUGACUGCCGCUGACAGCCGUGAGUGGAGGCUCAGGGGCGCGCCCCAACCCAGAAGGUGCUGUGCACGCUUUUAACCUUGAACGUCAAAGCAGGGUGGACGCAAAGGAAACCCGCACAGCUUAGGAGCCACUGGGAACUCAGGCCGGCUGUUGGGUGUCGCGGGGAGGGACUGACGCUGCGGGUGGGGUGUGUUCCAGCUGUGGGGCAAUGGGUGCAGCAGGGACCCCUUCUCGGCCCAGAGCGUGCCUGAUGGACCCGCUGUCCUGCCCACAGCCUGGGCCAGCUCCCACCACUCUCUCUGCUGUUGGGCCUGGUGCCCCCCCUUAGUGAUCAGUUCCCAUCUGUACCUGCCACUGCCAUGUCUCUUGGUCACUGUGUCACCGUGCCAUGAUAAUAAAGGUGUCAUCUGUGCUCUC